GGACCUCGAAGAACCGAUAUCAUCCGAUAUGACGGCUAUCCUGAGCUACACGCUACUCCUAGUCUCCCUACUCUGCUUCACUCCAUACAAUGAAGCUCUAAGGUGCUACACCUGCAUGGGGUCUAAUGAUGAAGACUGCAACCGUCAGGGCUCAAAGACCUGUCCCAGUUACUCUGACGCCUGCGCUGUAGUCCGGGGACAUGGAAGUGAGUUAAACAGCGGAGUGAUGAAGUCCUGCUCUUACAAAUCCUUCUGUAGCCAGGCCAACAGUCAGGGGUAUCGGUCGCCAGGGGUCAGAGUUCACUGCUGUUUCUCUGAUGACUGCAAUGUGACAGGAAAUGCACCUAAGCUGGGUGGAAGCCUCAGCUGUCUCCUGUUCUCUCUGCUCUUGCUCCUUCACUGGAUCUCAGACUAAACCAGACUAUAUUACCCAACACAACCCAAACCAAGCCAAACCAGAAGCUAAAACCAAGCCAAACAAGAAAUGAACACUACUUGCCCCCACCUAUCAAACUACUCCCUGGGACAUGCUUCUCAUCCUGGUUCUAUUCCAACCAUGCUAUCUCCCAACCACAAAUACAGGCUAUGCAAAUGAACCCCUUCUUCUGCACGUUUUCCCAGGUUGGCGGGUCAAUUAACUCUUUCAAGGUUGCCACAACAAGCUUCUGCAUAAGUGCUCAGUAUACAGUGUAAUAAGAUCUGUGACUAAAGGAGCUGUGAGUAAAGGAGCUGUGAGUAAAGGAGCUGUGAGUAAAAGUGGGACUGGUUCCAGAUAGCACUCCGGCGAUGAUGGAUGGGUUAUAGUGAAAUAUGGAAAUAUACUGGUAUUUCACUAUUAAUAAAAUGAAUUAUUAUGGAUUAUUUUGGAUCUAUGGGAUUAAUCCAAAUUUAGCCUGGUUCCAGACCUGUUUGUGUUGUCUUGCCAACUCUCAUGGCAGUGGUCACGAGUUGGUAAGACAAUAUUCUCUGAAUUCCAGGGCAGCCACUGCACAAGGUUUGAAAUUAACAACAGGGUGUGUCUUGGUAACUUCCAAAACCGGCUAGAAAUAUUUCCAAGGAGGGUCUUCUUUAACAAGAAAACUCCCAACAAAUCAAUAGUUUGCAUUGGCGGGAAUAAUCUUUUGUCAGGAAUGCUGUCUUGUAAGGAAGGUGGCUGUCCGCCCUUUCCUCUAGGCUGUACAGAUGUUGUAUAUGUGUAGACGUGUAACCAGGAACAUGGGGAUGUUGUUGGAGGCAGUCUGUCUGUCUGCUGAGGCUUGAGGGAAAAUAUAGGAGGAUUUUGUUUCAUUUGAACUGAGCAAAGACAGUCAAAUCAGGAAGUACGACUAAACACCAACUCAGCAAUUCCAUAAUAACCAUCUCUUUCGAUGAUUUCUCACUGAUCUCACUGAUUUCUGUAAAAUACAUCAAUAAAAAAGAAUCUUGAAUUUAAAUAACUUCUUUAGCUGAAGGACUUUAAAUUGAACUCAACCCUGAAACAUAUCAAGGAUCAAGGUACUAGAAAGAACCUACCUGACGCUUGGUAAAUCUAUAAUCCAUUUAGAAGAUAUGGCCAGGUGAUUUAAACCGCCAAGCUAAUCUAGAUCAAUGGAAGCCGUUUAAUUUAAAGUAUUACCUUCUUACUGGGGAACUGUUGCUGUGCAUCAGGGUGGGAAAGGAUUAAUAUAAGAGAGAGAAAUAGACAGGGAAAGAAAGACACAGAGAAAAAGAAGGACAGAAAUAAUUAAGAGAUAGAAGAUGAGGGUAAUAAUGUGAGUAAAAGAACAGAAAAAUACUGCCCACUUAGCAAGAGAUGUUGAAAAGACGUUGAAGAGAUGUCUUUCAAAUUAUCUUGCUCAGUGCGACAACAGAAGAGAGAUGCCACACCAUAUGUUUAAAGGAAUGAGAGACAUAGACAGACAAACUGCACAGUAGUUUAUCUUGUUCUGAAUCAGCACUGAUUGACUUUGGAACUAAUGCUGAGCUUAUCUUGCACAGCAGCUUAUCUUGUGCACUAAAGUGGCUUUGGAACUCUAAGUGAACUAUGUCCAAUGUAUGACUUCUUCAGUAUAAGAAAGAGUUUGACCAGGUUUCUAUAAUGGAAGCAAUGUUAGUGUUUCUAUUCUGUUGGUGGCUUAAAAGAAGUCAGUGCCUCGGCCAAUUCCCUGCGCAAUGAGCCGCUGUAAACAAACAAAACAGCUAUACUUGCAGAGUUUUUUUUUAUUGAUUUAGCUUUUCAGGAUAUUCUACAUCCAAGUUUAUAUUGUCUGGAGGUUUCAAAGGAAACAGUAAGGUCUUGAAAUAUUUGGACACUGACACAAUCUUCAUAAUUUUGGCUCUGUACGCCACCACAACGGAUUUGAA